AUGUCCACGCCGUCGACAAUGAUACCAGCUGCGCUACUUCUUCCAGACGUCAAAGUUGUGACCUUUAAAAAUACACGGCAACUUGAGAAACGUUUUUCUUUUCUCUGGAGCACAGCACACAAGCUACUACCGACCAGCCCUGUGUUGGCCAAUCAUAUGAUAGCAUCUAUGAUGCAAUUAGCUCGAUGCAACCAUGCACAGCUACCACAAACAGUGUUGGACUAUAUUUGCGAGAAGUGUGGAGGUCUUUUGGUGCCUAGCGUAUCAGCAGGCGUUCGUGUGAUACCGCAAUCUCGUCAGUCACCUGCUAAUCGACGACUGAGCAGACAGCAGCGUCGCGUUCAGCUGCAAAAUCGUAGCAAUGGUCUACGCCUUAAUAUACAUUUUCGAUCUAUGUAUUCUCAAACUGAUUGUGACAUCACUGAUUUACAGAGGAUAAAGUGCCAGCGAUGUCAGCAUGUCAUUGACCGACCAGGUUCAUCGAAAGUACACAAGUCUAAGAGAAGAAAACGAAUGCGAGAAGAGCAAGAGGCGGUGACUGUUUCAGCUGCGAAAUCGAAAAAGUUGAAGACUACUGACACUGAUCAAUUUGCCGAGAUGGAAAGUAGUACUGCUUCUACAAGUAGAAUUAUGCUGCCUUCGUCUCCACCGCGAAAGCUACUAGACGUUUCAAAACGCAAGAAGAAAAAGAAAAAGACUCAGCCGGAUGUCGCUGUGGCUGCUGUAAAAAGUAGCUUAAACUCGUUUCUUCUAAGACUAAACACGCGGAAGUAA